AUGGUCGUCUCCGCGCGCGGUCCGUGCGCGCCGUCGACGUCCGCGUCCACGCUCGUCGCGCGUCCUCGUUCGCGGCUUCGCGGCGCCGUCGUCGCCAUCGCGCGUCCCAAUCGCCGCCGCGUCGUCGUCGCGCGCGCGUCGGCGUCGUCGUCGCGCCCGCCCGCGGACGCGCGCUACGACGUCAUCGUCGUCGGCGCCGGACACGCCGGAUGCGAAGCCGCCCUCGCGAGCGCGCGCGCGGGGGCGUCGACGCUGCUGCUGACGCUCAACCUCGACCGCGUGGCGUGGCAGCCGUGUAACCCAGCCGUCGGCGGACCGGCGAAGUCGCAGUUGGUGCACGAGAUCGACGCCCUCGGAGGGGCGAUGGGAAUCAUCAGCGAUAAGACGUACCUACAAAAACGAGUGCUGAACGCGUCGCGAGGACCGGCGGUGUGGGCGCUGCGCGCGCAGACGGAUAAAUGGGAGUAUUCGCGAGAGAUGCGAACGACGCUCGAGGCGGAGCCGAAUCUGAGCAUACGGGAAGGGAUGGUGACGGAAUUGGUCCUAGGAACGAACGAUGACGUGCGAGGGGUGCGAACGCACUUUGGUAUGGAGUUUGAGGCGCCGUCGGUGGUGCUGACGACGGGGACGUUCAUGGGUGGGCAAAUUUGGGUCGGGCGAAAGACGCUCGCUGCUGGACGCGCGGGCGAGGCGCCGAGCGAAGGUUUGACGGAGUAUUUACAAGAGAUUGGGUUCGAGAUCGAUCGUUUGAAAACUGGCACUCCCGCGAGGGUGGAUUCGCGGUCGAUCGAUUACACGAACUUGGAGGAACAACCCGGGGACGAGGACAUGCGUUGGUUUUCCUUUGACGAGGAUGCGCACGUCGUUCGCGAGCAAAUGGCGUGUCACAUGACGCGCACGACGGCGGCGACGCAUAAACUGAUUCAAGAUAAUUUAUUAGAAACGCCUACGUACGGCGGAUGGGUCGGGGCGAAAGGGCCGAGGUAUUGCCCGUCGAUCGAGGACAAAAUUGUGCGCUUCGCCGACAAGGAGAGCCAUCAAAUUUUCCUCGAGCCCGAAGGUCGAACCGUGCCCGAGGUGUACGUGCAAGGCUUCAGCACGGGCUUACCCGAAACCUUGCAACUCGAGCUCUUGCGCACACUUCCUGGGUUGGAGAACUGCAAAAUCCUGAGACCUGCGUACGCUGUAGAGUACGACUUUUUGCCCGCUUACCAGUGCAAACCGACGCUCGAGACGAAAAAGAUUUCCGGUUUGUUUUUCUCCGGUCAAAUCAACGGUACGACGGGUUACGAAGAAGCCGCGGCACAAGGUCUUCUCGCGGGCAUCAACGCCGCGCAGUUGGCGAAGGGUGGUGCGAGCAACGGCGCGAAAGAACUCAUCCUUCCUCGAGAAGGUUCGUACCUCGGCACCCUCGUCGACGACUUGUGCACAAAGGAUUUACGAGAACCCUACCGCAUGUUGACCUCAAGAAGCGAGUACAGGUUGGUGUUACGUUCCGAUAACGCGGACAUGCGCCUCACCCCGCUCGGCCGCGAGGUCGGUUUGAUUUCAGAUGCGCGCUGGGCCAAAUUCGAGAAGAAGCGCGACGCGGUGGAUAACGAGAUGGCGCGCCUGCAAAGCACGCGCUUGAACGUCAAGGAUGAGUUUUGUCAACGCGCGCUCGAUGUCUCAGGCUCGGGUUCCCGUCAAAGUUACACUUUGGAGGAGCUCUUACGACGCCCGCAAGUCCCGUACUCCAUGCUCGAAGAAUUCGGCCAAGGCAACGUCGACGCCCCCCUCACGCGUUGGGAAGCCGAGGCUGUGGAGAUCCGAGUCAAGUACUCCGGCUUCAUCAAGCGCCAAGAGCUUCAAGUCGAGCGUGAAUCGAGUAAGUUCGGCAAACCGAUUCCCGACGACGUCGACUACGCAUCCAUCUCCACCCUCCGCAUGGAGGCGCGCGAGAAGCUCGCGCGCGUCCGCCCCGCCACCAUCGGCCAAGCCUCGCGCAUCGGAGGCGUCACUCCCGCCGACGUCAGCUCACUCCUCGUCCAUCUCGAGGUCCGUCGUCGCAACGCAGAGCGCGCGGAGUCUCCCAGCGCCUAG